UGUCCGGUGCACAGAGGUUUAGGGAACGGUUUUUGUAUUACCUGCUGUGGGCAGGAGACAGCAGGGGGAUGGAAUUUUGCUUCUCCCUCCCAGUUAGUGUCAUGGGACAGGGAACUGGGGAGGAAUCAAACCCUGCACAGGGCGGACGGAGUGCAGUUAUUUGGGCCGGGUGAGCCAAGGGCAGGAUCCUUGCAACAAGAGCGAGGGGUUGGAGGAGCCUGGGAUAGUGCUUUUCAUUACCAAGGGCAGCCUAUCAGGCUUGGGCAAGGGUCUCAAAGUGAGGCACUCACCCAGGAAAGUGAGCUGGCUGCGUUUGAUGGUGGGACAGUCAGCUGGGAUUUGAUACAAGUAAUCAGGGUUAUUGUGUCAGGUUGUUUCCACAGCUUUGCAGGCCAUACAAGGUGUAAUGGUUCGCCCAGAUCUAGGAUAUUCCACUCAAGUGAUUGCAGGAGAUAAGGCAGACACUGAGGAUGGGGUGAGUUAAAUGAGGAUCCCAUACCAAAAUGAUGUGGCAAAGGUGGGGAUUGCGGGCACUAGUGGUUCCUUGGAGGCUUAACCCCCAAAAAACAAACAAAAAAAACCCAUGAUGGGGUAUCACAUGGGCCAGCCAGAAACUGUCUCAGUUGCCCCUGGACUCCCACCCCCAGAAGCAGAGCCAGGGUAUUGCACGGCUGAUACAGGCUAACCGUAAGUUCCUCAAACAUGGGGACAGCAUGGGAGAGGUGUCUUGCUAAGGCUGCAUUUCUUAGCUAUGCUUGUGUUACAGUUGAAGCUUACCCAGAGAGAAGCCUGGCUUUGUUAGAUACAUAAAUAUAAUCGGGCGGGCAUGCAAUACAUUCAGUGGCAUACAUCUAAUCACAGCAGUUGCUGUUACAGCACUGGGUGGGCAUGCAAUACAUUCCCGGGCAUACAUUUCUUUAUAGCAGUGGGUUUUGCAGGAUCUGUACCUUCAGGCAUGCAUGCAAAACAUGUUUUGGGUCUCAUACAGCACAUUCCUGCCACAAUGGUGAGGGGAGGUAUAGGACGCUGGGUAGAACAAAUGCCACCUGCAAGUAGGCCCUGUUUGAACAAAGCGUGGGUGACAGAAGGCAGGCCAGUGCAAGGGGCCAGCUUCAAGCAUUGGAAUGGGCUAAGGCCUCCUGUGGGACUACCCCAGCAAAGCCAAUGGGUCAAAUCUAUGUGCUGGGUUUUUUAAUGGGGGUUCUUAUCCCCUUUAUAUAAAAUAAUAAUGAUUAAAGUCAAGGGUGGGGUUUGGCCAUUUUAAGGCAAUAAUUCCACAAGAAUGAAUUUGAGGUACAGGGGCAGGCAAGGCCAUCCAGCCAAUUUCCUGUGGAUAACUUGUGGGUUUCCUCCAAGGCUAGUUUCAAGCAGCAAUGGAAUGAGCUAUGGCCUCCAGUGCGACUACCCCAGCAAGGCUGUUGGGUCAGUUUUGUGGGCUGGGUUUACUGUGGGUUCUUAUCCCCUUUGUGUUUUGCCCCAAGGCUUGGCCCCCGGAAAGGCUUCAGGGAAUUACAUUGUUUCAUAACCUCUCUGGGGUUGACAAUGGCAUAGCACACGCCUUGUCUCAUUUUCAGGUCCACAGAUUUCUGGAGUUGGUACCAGGAGCCAGUCGGGAACCCAGGCAGAUGCCACUAGCGCUAUGGAACCUUAGAAGAAUGGUAGAAUGGUUGUCAGUGUGGUGUGGAGAUCAGUUGCUCCAUGCACGUGGAGGGUUGUGAGAGAAGUUUUAAUGAUUUCAUGCAAUUUCAGGAUUAGGAAGGCUGGUCAGCGAUAUGGCCCAUUACAGAGGAACAGGUGCUGCAGCACAUGCUGUCGCUGGCAAACCGUCAACUGGCAUCCUCCACAAUCUCGAAUCGCCUUUCUGCCAUUACAUUCGUCAGUAGGCUAAAUGGUUAUCCUGAUCUUUGCAGUGGUUUUUUUAGUUGGAAGGUUUUUGGCUCAUGGACAGGAAUCGGUCUUGUUCAGGGCUGCAUUCUUGACAGCAGUUUUUGGUGCUUUCAGGAUCAGUGAGCUAGUAUCUGGGUCUGGUAGGAAGGGCUUUGCAACUGCGGGAUAUACAAUGGCAGGAGCAUUCAAUAAUAUUACACUUGUGACGGUCAAAGACAGAUCAAGUUGGCCAGGGUGAAUCUGUGAUCCUCUGGCAGGGUGGUGAGCCUGGAGUCUGCCCAGUUCAGGCUUUGAAGGCCUACUGGGUUAUAUGGCCAAAGGGGAAAGGUCCCCUUUUUAUGCAUGGUGAUGGGAGUCCCCUCAUAGCAUAUCAAUUUGUUAUUGGGUUGAGACGGGGGCUGAUGAGGUUGGGGCUGCCAGCCCUUGAAUUUGGUUCCCACUCAUUCAGAAUCGGGGCAGCAACGGCAGCAGCACAGAUAGGUAUGGGAGCAGAGGCAAUCGGGAGUUGGCAUUCGGAUGCGUACCGAACGUAUGCAAGACCUCAGGUGAAUCUCCAGUUUAUAAUGAUGGAUUCUGGUCAUAUCAAAUACCUGCUGCAAAAGGGAAGUGUUUAAAGGCAGAUUUAAUUGAAAUAUAACUUUCACAUGGAGAAAAUGGAAUAGUGAAUAAAUUAUUGGAUAUUUGGAUAUUGUGAAAGAAAUGAAGAGAAAUUUAAGUGACAGUUCAUCUCGUAGCACAGCAGAAUUAGGGUGGGAAGUUGCAAAGCCAGAGCUGGCUCAACUACAGAAAACAACGAACAGUGGCCAAAUAGAACCUUCUAUGGCUCCCUCCCUGUUGAAACAACAAAACACAUCAAAGCCGCAUAUAUCAAAUACUGGAAAGAACCUGAAUAUUUUGAGAGCAGAAGAAAAGAAUACCAAUGCUACAGUUUGGAACAGAAAUGAGCUCAUGUCGCCAAGUAGCAGAAUCAAUUUGAUAUCUGAUAGUGGAAUCAUUCGAAAGUUUGAGAAUAUCUCAAAUAGUCUGAGAACUGUUCAGCAGCACAAACUACCCGAGCAUCAUAAGGCAUCACAGCAUAUUGAGACAACUGUAACAGGACAAAUAUGUUCAUCCAAAGCACAAUGGCCAGUUAUAUCCAGCACCACAUCAAGAAGUCUACAGGAUCAUAGUCCAGCAUAUAAAUUUAAUAUUCAUAAUAUCCAGCAUAAUAUUCAACAAAAUAAAGUUAAUGAAAAACAAUUUGAUCAUGUUCCAGAAGACAAAAUGAUUCAGAAAGUUCCAGCAUAUCAAUUAAAACUCAAAGAAAAAGACAAUUCUCUGCGAAUUAUAAGUGCAGUCAUUGAAAGUAUGAAGCAUUGGAGCCAGUAUACUUAUAAAACUGCACUAUUAUUUGAAGUGUUAGGCACACUUGAUUCUGCAGUCACACCUGGAGCAUAUGGAGCAAAAAGUUUUGUCUUGAGAGAUGGAAAGGAGAGUCUGCCAUGUGUAUUUUAUGAAAUUGAUCGGGAGCUUCCAAGACUAAUUAGAGGUCGAGUUCACAGGUGCAUGGGAAACUAUGACACAAAAAGGAACAUCUUCAAGUGUGUGUCUGUAAGACCUGCAACUGUUGUAGAACAAAGAACUUUCCAAGAAUUUGUUAAAACUUCAGAUGUCGAGAUGAGAGAAUGUGUGAAAACAAUGAAUGAAGUUUAAAGUAAUGUUUAUUUAAGCAAUAAUUUAAAGUUGAGAUCACACUCCUGUUGAUCAAUAAGGAUAAAGGGUGCUCAUCUUGAGCAUUUACAAAAGCUCAUAUUAAAAGUAUUCUUUUAUUAAAUACUUGAAAGCACAAUUAUAGUAUGUGUUAUGUAAAAAUUAAAAUAAAAUUGUUCCGGUUUGUUUCUACCAUUAUAUUUCUUUGUUUACUGUGCUAGAUUUUUUGUUGUGUGGUUUGUUAGAUUUUACUGAAGGAAUAUGGAUUAAAAUACAGGCAGUCUUCGGACUUAUGACACAACUGGUUCCUUACAAUUGUGUUGUAAGUCGGAACUCGGAACCGCAAUCUACUCCAUUGCGGGACCGAGCAUCGUAAACUCGAAACCUAUAGUCGUAAGUCGAAUCGGGGUGUCCAUGUAGAAGCGUCGUAAGUGCAGUUCUUCGUAACUUGAACGUCAUAAAGUCGAGGACUGCCUGUAUUACAUUUUGGUUACAAAAACAUGAAUUUAUACAGACUCAACUUUUAGCUAAACUCAUGUACCCUGAAUGUAAACAAUGAAUGGAUUUCGCAGUGUUAUCAUGGAAAGUGGAGGGAGCAUCCCAUUCAUAGCACAGUUUCCCACCCCUUUUGUCUAACAUUGAGGGUACAGCUGUAUGGCCCAUAGAAGGCUGAACUGGGAGAUGUCCAUCCCCCCUUCCACCAACCCCCCAGAAAAUCCAUUGAAGAGUUAAUAAUUUAGCCUUAGCCCUUUAAGGGGAAAGGAGUAGGGGAGAAUCACGGGGAGCUGGAGAGAGUGCAGAAGUAUAGGGCCUCUCCAUAGAUGGUCUUAGCUUGUAAAGGAUCUCAAAAUGUCUGAGGGUGUAGGGCUGAAUACACUGCCCACUCUGAGGGGAACCUGUUCACCCAAAUGAUCUACAGGAGCCUCAUACCAUUUUCGUCUCCUUGGGCCUUGCCUGUUGGUUUCUCCAUGAGAGGAGGCAAUCUAGUCUCUUGUCAGAAAUUUACUGAGAAUUAAAUUAAAUUAAUUUUCUUGAAUUCUGAAUUAUAUGGUCAUUAAGUGUAAGUAACUGGAGCAAAAUAAGGUACUAAUUCCAUCAUUAACCUAAAUGGCUUAGAAAAAUCAAAUAAUCAAUUCUAAGUGAAUUUAUUGUUGCUUUUUAGUACGAUUGUUCCAAGAAAUUAUUUUGAGAAAAUAAGUACUUUUAUUUCAAAAUAUUAACCAUAUAUUUCAUCUAAAGAAUAAAUGUUUUUUAAAAAAUGAUUUUCAUUGCUGAUAAACAUAAAUUAUAUGUAGAGCCGUAUUCUGACUGGCUGGGCUGCAGAUGUUGCCUUUCUUUUUCUGGCUCUGCCAAAACCCAUUUAGAAGUUCUUCUACAGGCUAACGUAACAGGCACUGCCGAGCUGUUCUGGGAUGAAGCCUAUCUUAGGUAUUUAUCUGGUCCCCAUUACUGAAGUAUCCAAUUGCCUCAAUCUUUAAUGUAUUCUAACAUCCAUGUGAAAUAGGGAAGUACUAUUAUCCCUAUUUUACAGAUGGGAACUGAGGCACACAGUAACAGUAAGUGAAUUACCCAAAGCCACACAAGAGGUGGGAGAAAGGGUAGGGAACUGAACCUGCUUCUCCCAAGUCCCAGGAUAGCAGCCUACUACUAACUGGAUCAUUCUUUGUACAAGCCAGGGAUCACAAAUUAUAUGUUUAUAUGCCUAUGGUCCUAUACACAGACACUUAUAUAGAUUAUUCCUAUUUGUUGCCAUUUCCUUAUCCCCUCAGUCUCUUCCCUUAAAGUAACUGCUGUGCAUCUUAUCUGACUGCAACUGUAAAACAAAAGCAAAGUCAGGAAAAUAGUGAACAAUGUGAAUUAUUUUAUUAUACAGUGUUGUCAAUUGUAAAUUUCACAUUUAAAAUAAUUGAAAUAUUUUAUUCAACAAGUCAAAUACGGAAAACAGUUAAUAUUCUAAAAAGGAGGCAGCUAGUCAACGCAGAAACACAGUAAUGGAAAAUACAGCUUUUAGUUACACUUAAAAAAUUAUAUAUUUAGAAUAAAACUUGAACCUGAUCCAGUAAAUUUUCUGUUUUUUUUUAACAAGAAAACUAUUAUACACAAUAUAACUCACAGACAGUCUUCAUUAAAAAAGUGAUUUAUCAGUGUUAGCAAAUGUAUUGGUAGUAAUUCCCCCUAUUUAAGUUCCAGAGGAGCUUCUGCAAUAUAUGCUUUGCUUACUCUGGUUUGAGUCAGUUACAGAAUGAUCUCUACCCAGAGUUAUAAAUUGGCUCUGAACAUGGACCUUUUACAUGGCAAUUCUGUCUACCCCAUUUUAGAUUUCAUCAGUCUCCAUUAAGUUUUCGUUAUUUCCUUUCAAUGUUUAAAAUUAUAUAAAGGACGUUCAAUAUGGAAGCAUUAGUUUCGCUCUUUCUUAGAAAGUGGAGGAUACUGUGGAAAAAACUUGAGUUUUUAACUUGAUUGUUUGUUCAAAACACUGAAAAUAAAUUUUCAAUACGUAGUUUGGUAUAGCAAUAUUGUAAAUUUUAAGACCCCUACUGAGAAAAUAGGUGAAAGUUAUAAAGGAAUUUCAAACUAUGCGUCCGAUCCUGCAAACAUUUACGUAACUUUAUUCACAUGUGUAAUCCUACUGAUUUCAAUGGGAUUACUGAUGGGCACAAUUCUGCACAUGAGUAAAGUUAUGUUUAUAAGUGGUGACAGGAUUGGGCCCUCUGUGUCUACUAGAUAUAUUAUGGGUAUUAAUAGAAAUCUAAAAUUAUUUUACUUUUGGUAACCAAUUAAAUCUUUGCAAAAAUGUUUUCUAAUUUACACUAACAAAUCACUUUUUCUAGUGAAACAUUAAGUGAACAAUCGUAAACAUUACACAAAACAGAGAAAAACCCACAGAAUACAAUUUUUACACAUUGUAUAACAUUUUCAGUGGUUUAUGAGAAUUUUUUUAUAUAUUGAUCCUGUCUUGUAUAAUUGUUCUAUUGUAAAGGCACAGGUUGGUUAGGAAAGAAAAGCCUGCAUCUCUCUCUUUACUUUGUGGUUAUGGGUUUUUUAUCUGUUUAUUUUCUCACUUUUUACUUUCUGAAUUUUAUAUGAAGCUUUCCAAUCUAUUCCAGCAAUUUAUGAAAUGAGCAUAAGACACUACUAAAAAUGCUACAUGCUACAUACAGAGAAGACUGAAGUCUAUUCUGCCUUUAGGAGAGCAGAGGAAAUUCCUUCAGCCUCAUUUUUGUUAAAUAUUUAGAAGAUUUCAUUCCUUAGUUCUCUAUGACAAAAACCAUAGAGCUCUCUCUAUUUACUUUAUUCAGCUUUGAAAUAUGCAUUUUAAAACAUUAAUAAUGUAACUGAAUUAUAUUAUAAAUGUAUGUGCAUAAUUUGCUCUUUCGAGCUCAUGAUUAUGUAACAACAGUCAGCUACUUUAAAAAAUAAUGUAAUGCUUAAUUAAGUUGAGUUUAGAAGGCUUCACAAUGUAAACAAGAUUGUAUAAUACUUUGAUACAUAUUGGAAUAAAGUAAAGUGAUUGUUCUAUCAGUUCUCAUUUUCUUAUACUUCCUCAACAUUUCUUUAUCUGUCCC